AUGCACGCCGAGGGUCGUCCCCCCCCUCGGCACCUGCCGCCUGUCCCCGCGGACUGCCAUUUCUGGGCGUCUCUUCCGUCAGCUGCUCCUUCUUCGCCCCCUGCGCAAGUGCCGUACCACCCCUCCGGCCAAGCGCCGCCGUAUCAUCACGCCGUCCCCUUCGCGAUUCACGUUCCUUCGGCAGGCUCCAGUGGCGCCGACACCACGUUUCGGUCGCCUGCGCAGCUGUCUGUCCACGCGCCGGGGGCGGGUGGCGUCAGCGCAUGCAGCCCGCCCCCCGCGGCCGCGCCCUCGUUGUGCUACACGCCCUUUCCGUGCGCCGCGGCGCCCCCUGGGUCGCCUGCGCCGGCGGCGCAUGAAGGGGCGGGCUACGGGGCACCUGGCCCCAGCAGGGUGCCCGAGCGCCCCGUAGGCCUGCCGCAGCACUUCGUGCCAGGCGGAGCGUGGCCGUUCCACGGCGGCGGGGGCUUGUGUGGCGGCGCAGAGAACGGAGAGGACCCGUGGCUGGCUCACCCGGGAAAACAGGUGGACGACGUCGCGUCCACUCCGCAUUCCGUCAAAGGUUCACUUCCUCUCAAUGUGGGCGGAGUGGGGGCGGCCCUUCCUGCGUCCAGCCCCGGGUCGCACCACUUUCCCAGCCACGGCACCUUCGGCAGGCCUGCGCGCAACACACACAUCGCAGUCCCCGCGGCCGGCGCGGGGACUGCCCACUUCGCCGCGAGCAUCCUCGCCCCUCCGUUCGCUUUCUCCAGAGACCCGAGCGUGGCCGCGGCGUCUGGCGCCCCCGCGGCCGCCUCGUCUGCGGCCGGGUGCCGGAAGUUCAGUCAGGAUGAAGCUGCGCAGCAGUCGGCAGCAGUUUCCCGAUCGGUAAGCGGCGCUGCAACGGCCUGCACGAGUCGGACGGGGGACAGCAUCGGCUGCGGCGUCGAGGGGCUGCCUCGCGACUCGGGCUCCCUCGUUAUGGAUCUCAGCGUCCCACGACGCGAGGACUCUGCGCGGCCUGCCGCCCCCCUGCAUCCUUUCUUCGCGGCGAAGGCGCCCGACGGCCCGCGCCAGCAAGCCCCGCGAGCUGACGCCCUCACGCCGGCCGCUGAACUCGGCGAAGGAAGGCAUGACGACGGCGUCGACGGCGACACCGGCUGCCCCCCUUCCAGUGGCACAAGCUACGGGGCGCCAGCGGGAUUUGGGAGUCAGCCAGUCAUGACAGAGGCACGAUAUUCUCAGCAGAUCUCAUCCAGACGCGUGGGCGACCGGCAGGGCACGGCCGCGCAUGGCCCGAGCGCGGCAGGCGGCGGAGAACGACCUCAUGCGCCGCAGCGGCAAAUGAGCUCCGAGCCAACGCAUCGGCGCGGCGACCACUCCCCAGCUGUACGUACACCUGCCGCGAUGGCACCUGAAGCCACGGGCUGGCCAUCCACGAUGCAGUCCUCGGCUGCGUUUGGGCCGUCACCCUCGUUCCUCUCGCGCGACAAAUCUGCUUUGCGCCGGAUGCCGACCACAGAGUGGGCGUGCGCGGGGCUCGCCCCGCCUGCGCCACAAGCGGGCGGUCAUUUCCACGCCGCAGCCACACCCGUAGGAGGCUCUCCCACGUCGCAGGCGCAGCACAGCGAAGCGGCCGAGGCUGGCCGCGCCACCCCGUGGGACGAGCGGAAACCGGUCGCUGCGCUGUCCCUCGGCAACGGAGGGGCCGGGGAGCAGCUUCCUUCGCCUCUGUCGCCGGCCCCUCCCAAGAAGCGAAGACGCAUGAGAAAGGAAAAGGCUCCGGUGCUGCCCGCGUCGUCAAACCCAGGCGGCGUGGAGGCUUCUCCGCAGGCCGGCAGCCACGGCGUUGAAGAGGCAGCGGGGCCGGUAGGGGGUGCGCGGACGAAACGGAAUCGGUCGCUGACGGCGGACGAUACUUCCCUCCCUGCUCCCUCUGUUGGGCAGGCCACGUGGCAGAAUCCGGCGGCAAGCAGCCGCUUGCCCUUCGCGCAGGCCUCUCGCGCCGAAGCCGCCGAGCAAGGCAGAGACACUCCGGGCGUGUCGGAAUGCGGAGCAAGCGCGGGCGUCGGAGUCAGCCUCGGCGAGGACCUCCAGCUCGCCUGCAGGCCCGAGACGGCCAGCGCAGCGGGGACUCUCUCCCCAAUGGAGACAGUCGCCGACGCCGUGAAGCAACAAGAGGCCUCGCCGUGCAUCAGCAUGGCCGCGUCCGCCCCAGCGCACCACCCCGCGGCCGACGGUGUCACGCCGACCGCCCACGGCGCCUCUCAGGCGCCGUCCUCUUCUUCAGCUUCAGCGCCUCUGCACUGUGCGCUGCUGCCUUCUUAUGGCCAGCCGGUCGCGGCGUCGCCGUCGCCCUCUCCGUCGCACGCGCUCUCUUCACCGGUGCUGUCGUCGCCGCCCAGUUCAGCCUACUCCAAGUUCCCCGACAGCGACCGCGGCUCGAACCCGGAGGACGCGUGCACGGCGAAGGAGGUCGCGCAGGACGUCGGCGGCGAAGCGGAUCUCUGCGCCUCGGCGCCGGCGUCGCCCUCUGGAGACGAGGCCCUCGCGACGGCCCUCGGAGACGAGGCGUCCUCGGGCGACUUCUCCGCGCCGGCGCGCAGCCGCCCGCGCGCGCGCCCACGAGCCGUCUUCGGCAACAGCCGAAGGCCUGGUCGGCAGCCGGCUCGCCGGCCGCGAAAGCCGGCUGAGGACGAGGCUGACUCCGAGCAAGGCGCGGGCGGCAGUUCGCUGAAAAAGGCGGAGCCUGGUGCCUCCUGCAGCCGAAGUCCCUCCGUGGUUCGCAGCGCGCCGGCCUGUGUGGUCUUGGGAUAUGGCACCGCCAUGCCCGAUCGAGAAGUCAGAGGGUCUUCGAUCGUUGGUCUGAUCAACGUCGGAGGCGGCAGCUGUUUCCUCAACGCGGUCCUCCAGUGCCUCGCCAAUUUCCAGCCCCUGCGAGACUUUUAUCUGCAGUGGGACGAGACUUUGCCGCCGCGAGAGCUCCUGGGGCGACUGUACGCCGCGUACACAAAGCAGCUCGAGCGGCUAGCCCCGAUGUCGAGACGACGAGUGAAGCGGCGCCAGCAGGAGGAGAAGCUCGCGCCGUUCAGUACUUCCAUCAGCUGGGAGCUUGCGACGGUCAUCAACCACAUGUGGCGGCUUUCCGGCUCCGUCAAAUUCCUGAAGCCCGAUGCGCUCUACCAGGCCUGCCUCCGCAUCAUGCCGCACUUCGAUCCGCACGAGAUGCAGGACAGCGACGAGUUCCUGCGGCUUCUGCUCGACAUCCUCGACGCAGAGCUCCGCGCAGCCGUUCUGCAGCUGCCGCUGGAAGACGUUUUGCUCCUUCAGAGUCGCCCGACCAAGUGGGAGUCUGACGAAGGUGCCUUGCCCUCUUGCGCGGCGUCCUGCCCCGAGGCGACAUGCGAGGUUUUCGCCGCCUCGCAUGUCGCCAGCUCGUCGCCUUCCGGCGCGGCUCUUGCGCCUGGCUCAGAAGGCGCCGCCGCCGCGAGUCUCUCCGCGCCUUCGCCUCUGGCGCAUUUGGCCAGUUCGCUCUCAGGCAGUUCCGAGGAGGCGAAGGCGCACGCGCAAAGCGUGUCGGGUUGUCUCUCGGCGACGGCGUCAGGGGGGAGCGGGCGCGCUAGUGCGGCGCUCGCGACAGGGAUGAAGCAAGAGGUGUCCCCGCUCGGGAGUGCAGCGCCGUCUGCUGCCGUCCCUCCCGCUUCGGCCUCUGCGAGUGCGGCCGCGAAGAUAGGGACCCGCGCGAGUGUGAAGAAGGAGCCGGACGGCGGCGGCGCAGAGACAGAGAAGGAAAGCGACCCCCACGAGGAGGAGCGGAGGCGAGACGUGCGCGCCCUCACGAGCAGCGCCGUCGACGCGAUUCAGACCAUGUUUUCUCUUGUGUUUGAAGGAGGCGAGGUCGACGAGGUGCGAUGCAGCGCCUGCGGCCGGCGGACGGCAACGCUCGUUCCUUUCAAAAGUCUCGCCGUCGCCAUGACGCGGGAGGCCCAAGAACAGGCCUGCUACUACUCCAGUAUGCGAGCGAAGCCGGCGACGUUCUUCUCGGAGCUCAUUCCUGUGGAUUUGGUGGAGUGCCUCGAUCGCCACUUCGCGGACGACGCAGACUCUCUCAAGCUCUCGACUGGAGAAGGGUACUACUGCUCCCGCUGCCAGCGGAAGCAAGACGCCGUGAAGCGGUGCUGCUUAGUCAAAGAUCACCUCCCCUUUGUGCUGUGCCUCACACUCAAACGCUUCGUCCGCGGCCACGACACAUACAAGAUUUGGAAUCCCGUCCGCUUCGGCGAGUUUCUGGAUCUCUCUAAGUACAUUCGCGACGACGCAUUUCCUUCAUCUGACACGUCGUCUGAAGCCGCGCAGCCUCGGGCCUGCGAGGCACCGGCGGGCGUCGCCGUGAAGUCCGAGGGCGGGGAGGCGAGGCCCGCAGCCGUUCCCUCCGCGGGCCUGCGAGACGUGAAGACCGAGAGCGGCCUCCACACCCCGACGGGGCCCUCCGCGCCACCCCCCGGGGGGGGGUCCUGCGGGGCGGCGGGGCCGUUCGCGGACCUGGAGAGUUUGCGCGGGAAGGGCGUGUGCGACGAGAUGUGCGGCGAAGACGCGUCAAAGAUUUCCACCGCUGCCGCCUCCGAGUGUGACGGCGGGCGGCGCGAGGCGACUUUUUUUCUGGAUGGGGAGAAGAAGGGCGCCUCCGCGCCGAAGCCAGCGGAGGGCCCCGCGGGGUUUCCGCUGCGUUUCUCAGAGGCGUACAGGGCGGUGGCUCAUGCCGGAGAGGGACUUGGAGACACCCCACACGCCGCGUUCGCCAGCGCGCCCGGCGCGUUUCUCGGAGCUUUGGCUCAGGCCCCGCCGUCGCCCUACACCUACUGUCUGGUGGCGCUGAUUGAGCACGAAGGCCCCGCGACCGACCAAGGGCACUACGUGUGCUACGUGAAGCACUUGGAGACUGGGCGCUGGUUCAAGGCCGACGACAAGCUCAUCACACUUGUCGAUUUCGAGACGCAGGUCCUGGCGGCCGCGCCCUACAUGCUCUUCUACGAGCGCAUCCCGAGCCCUGAAACCACGCGCGCGUACCCCUUCUUCGCCCGAGACGACGCCCCCGACGAGCGCCACGGGAGCCCCGCAGGCCCAGACCGAGGCGCGUGGACGGCGGACGCCUCGCAGGAGUUCCCGCAGCGCAGAGAAGCGGAUGCAGCCGGCGUCACCGCUCCCGACGCUGCAUGCGCGCCCCCGCGCAUGCCGAGGCGAGCGGGAAGAAAAUGUGACUGGAGAGUCUGGACUCAAAGAGUCAAGGAGAUACCUCCACUCAGCGAGCUCUUGGGAGAUGGAGGGAGCGCCGGCGGCAGCACCGCAGGCACCCGCCAGCUCUCCCCCGCGCCUUCCGUUGCAGACAGCGACCUGCGCUGCCCCUCGCCGGCGCCUUCUGGGCUCGCCUCGGGGGCAGCCUCUCGCGCCCGAAGCGAUCCCUCGGGCUCCAGCUUCGCGUCCCCGACGCCCGCGAGUCUCUCGCGGGCCUCUUGCGGCGGCGGGCGCGGGCAGUCGCGCGGGGCAGGGGCUGCAGCCAGCCGCAGCGGUCAGCGGGUCGGCGGCGGCGGCCCAGGAGGCGGUUCCUCCUCCGGGCCAAGCCGAAGUCGAGGGGGGGGACUUCCCUCAGUUGCUUUGCUUCGCGAGGCCGCUGAGCCCCCAGAGGGCUUGCAGCCCGCCGCCUCGACUCCGCUGCCGGGGCCUGUUCGCGACGACGCGGCGAGCGCGGGCGCCAGACCCGCGAUUAGUGGCGCGGCCACUGUUCACUCCGAGACUCAGACUGGCGCGGCGCCUUCGUCUCGCAGUGCGAGUCAUUCGGCACUGCUGCCUGCGGCGGCCCUCAGCAGCGACGCGGCCGCCGUCGCGUCCGGCGGCGGCCCCGGCGUGUCGGAGGAGACCCCGGACGCGCCGGAGGAGACCGCGGACGCGCCGGAGAGGCUCCCGUGCCCCUUCCUGGGCCAGCAGGCGCUGCCCUGCAGCGCCGUGUACUCCCGGUGCGUCUCUGUCGGACUCGCACGCGACCGCUGCUGUGGCAGCGAACAGAGGGAGACAGAGGCAGCGACAGCGCCGUCGCUGUCCCCUCCUCGCCUGCCGACCUCGAGGCCGAGCGCCGAUCGCGGCCCAGACGGCGCACCGGCAGGGACCGCGGGGCCCGAGCCCGUCCCUCGUGGUGAGGCGCAGCAGCGCAGCGCGCCAGGGGCCGUGGAAGGGGAAGGCGUCCUGCAAACGGGCGGUCUCGCAGCGGCGUUUGAGGUUCCUGGUCCCUUCGCUGAUGGGAGGGAGACGCAGUCCACGGAUGUGUCCCAGGGGCCUGCGGGAACUGGAUUCGGCCAAGUGCGGGGCCCUGACGCAGCCUCUCGGCGAACGCCGAAUGAGGGGGGCAGCCUCUUUUCUGGAAGCCAUGAAUUCGCUUUUCAGACCCAACGAGGAAGUGGCGCGUUGGCGGAGGAGGCCCGCGAGGAGCGAAAGUGCGAGGCGUCCGCGAUGGAGGACGCGGAGGCUGGACGCCUUCCCCCUCGGAUUCCCGACACACGGGGUCCGCCCGGCAGCGUCAGCAGCGUACCUCCUUCGUCCCGGGGGGCCGCUGGCCCGCUGCCGCCCCCGCAGGUGCCGCCAGGAAAUCCACUCGGGGGGGCGUCGGAACCGGCGACUCGCCCCUCCCCGCAUGCAGUUUCUGGCGCCUUCCCAGCCAGCGCGAAUGCUGCGGACGCGUACACGCCGCAUCCGUCGGGCGUCGCGGGGAGCUUUUCCCCGCUCGUCUCGACUGACACAGGCUCUGCGCGCUCCGUGGCCUCCUCGCCCCAGCCGCCCUUCUGGGCGCACGAGGGCCAGUUCAGCGCCUACGCGCUGGCUGAGCCGGGGCCCAACGCCGGGGCAGAGCCCCCGCCGGGAAGCGCCGCGAUGGGGUGUGUGGCGCUGGACGAGGGAGCUAACGCGGCUUCUCAGCGGAGUGCAUCGGCUGCUCAAGCGUCGCCGACUACCUUUAGCUUUUCCGCCCUGGGCGCGGCGUUCCAGCCAGGAGGGACUUCCUGUCAUCCAGGGUACUCGGCCUCCGGGAGCCCUGGCGACGCGCCGCCGCCCCGCGCGCCAUCGCCAGAGGCCGUGCAAACAGCGCCCGCGUGGGAAGGGGCUGCUGCGUACGCUUCGCACAGCGUGUGGCGCGGCGAGGACCGACAGGCCGGCGUGCAGCAGAACUACGCGCAUUUGCUGAGUGUUCCUCAGCACGCCGUCGGGGGCUACGCGCCUGCGCAGCUGCCCUCUGCGGGCGCUCAGUUGGCAAAUUUUGCGCAGCCAGUCAACCAGGCGGAGGCGGAACAGAAGGCGGCUCUGCAGCAGGGGUUGAGUCAGGACGGAACUGUGGGCGCUGUUGCCCCAGAGGCCGGCAAAGACGGAGCUACCCUCAGCGGAAGAGACGGGCAGCAGAGGCUCGACAUGACUUGCGCUCCAGGGCCCGCGUGGGGCGAGGGCGGAGGCGGUAUGGCAGCGGUCAAUAGCCCGCAGCCGCGAAGCUACAAGUCCCACGCUCAAUUCGUAGGAGAGGUUGGCGCCCAGUCUGUGUCAGAGAGGCCUGGCGAGGACGCAAGGGGAGCGCCGGGGGCACCAGAGGCGGUGCCUGCUGCCACGAGCCCACCUACACACCAGAGCGCUCAGGCGCUGUCGGGAACGCCGCCACCGCCGCAGACGGCUGAUCAGGACGCGCAGGCGGCCGAGGAGGCUGCGGCGGCUGCAGCGAAGGCCGCCAAGUUAGCGGAACGGAGGAGACGAGCUCGUGAGCUCCAGCAAAUCCGGAGACAGAGAAAGGCCGAAGCUGCGGCGGCAGCGGCUGCAGCGGCCGCCGCUGCUGCGCAAGCAGAAGCUGAGGGGAUCUUUUCAGCUUCCUCACACACGGGUGCCGGAGGCGAGAUCGCACGUGUGAGUGGGCUUGGUCCGUGCCAAGUUGAUAUGUCAAGAGUGAACGUCGCGGCCGCUCCGCCGGGGUAUGGGGUGUUUGCUCAGCAGCCGCGGUACCCGCAGGCCGCGGAGGUCUUUGUCGCCGCCUCGACUGCUGGUGCCGCGCGUCCUCCAACAUCAGGCAGGGAAGCCCAGCGGAGUCCGGCGGCCGCAGGCCUCUCGGGAGACUUUUUCCCCAACGUUGCCGCAGCUGGCACGGGUGUUUCGCAGGGCGCCUCAACGCAUGCAUACGGAGUCUCCGGGUCCCAGGCGGGGCCGUCGGCGUAUCAGUGUGCGGGCGUCGCUGCGGAGUAUUAUUUUCAGAACGCUCCGCGACUGAAUGACGUCGUACUUACGCCGCGCUUGGUCGCGCAUGCGGCGCCCUGGAACGCGUCCUACUCGAUCGCCGCGGCGGCGGUCCAGCAGGCCGCAGCCGCAGCGGCUGCGGCCACUGACGGCGCAGGGGCGAACCCUCUCGAUCCUCAUGGGAGGGAGGGGAUGAUGCCGACGUCGCCAGCGAGGCGUCGCAAGAAGAAUUCCGUGGCCUCAGUGGACAGUGUCGGCGGGCAGCCAGAGGGUCGGCCUCCUCAACAGGAGCUAGUCCCUCCGCAGGGAGCGGUGCCGCAGCAGAUGGACGGAAGCGGGCAUCAGGCUCGUCUUCCGGUGCCGCGCGAGGGCGACGGCCUCUCAGGCGCCGUGUCGCCACAUGUUCAGCAUUUCCUGUCGAGGCCUCACGAACCCCCCGACGACGGGCGAGGAGGGGGGUCUCAAAAUGCCCGUCCGCCCGACGUGGGCGCCCCUGGCGCGGGAGGCAUCCAACCGCAUGCCUCGCUGGCGCCGGGUGUCAUGGCUGAGCCCGGCAGUGGCGCGGCGAAUGUGGAUCCGCGGUUCAGGGCGCCGUAUCCGCCGCCGCUGCAAAACAGCCCGGGAGAUGCGCAUUUCCAUUUGAGCUCGGCGGCAGGGGGGUCCGCGUCUGGUUUUUAUGGAGGCGCACCGUACACGCACACGGCGCCAGGCCUCGUGCCAGUGCCGGCAGGCGGCGGUGAUCCAUCGUUGGCGGCGGCAGGCCCACCAGCUCCAGGUGCCCAGGGGACUGUGGCAGGCGGGUCCCCCAGCGCCUCGGCGUGCCUCACGAAAAGCGUGCCGCCCCCCCCCGUGCCCAAGAAGCCGAGGAAGCGGCCACCGGUCAGCGGCAAAGCUCCGGUCCGCCAGAAGCAGGGGGAGGCCCCCGCUUCCUCCCCGGACUUCGAGGCCCGCCAGGGCAGCAUGAGUGGGAGCGGCAACCGGAAUGUAUUUUUGCACCUCACGCCACCUCCACCGGCAGAGAAGAUGCGAGCGGACGCGCAUGUGGGGGGCGUCUUACCCGCCUCCUCUGGGGUGUGGCGCGGCCCGCAGGCGCAUGUUGAGGCCUCCUGCAGGCCGCCAGAGGGCCGGGGGGCGGGGCCCGGAGCCGCAAAUGGCCAGGAAGGACAGACGCCUUGCGCUCCGCAGGCGCACCUGCUGGGUGUUGACUACAGCGGAGUGGGUUCGGUCGCUGAGCGACUGCCCCCUCAAGUUGAACAGCCGCCAGCGGCGGCUCCUGUGGCGACGCAAGGGUUCAUCACCACCGUGUGCGCGCGCUGCGGGAGACCAGCCACAAGCACCCCGCAGGGCCUUCAGGCCUCCUGCGCGUGCGCAGCUGGAUUCUAUUCUGUCGCGUCUCGUGACUGCAGCGCGCCUCACGGGACUCCAGACGCGCCACACGCAGUCUGGGGCGGCGGUCAGACUCUUCCCCGCAGUGAUAGCGGCCCGACCGGCCUCCUGCCCUCUGGCGGGCAGCCGCUGGGUGCUCCCUCUCCACGUGAGGCGCCGUCGCCAGCGCAUCUUCCCCACCAGCCAGCGACGGCGCCUUUUUCCAGGGGGGGACUCGCAGAUUCCACCCAAGUUGGUCAGCGAGAACCAGACAUGAGCGGCCAGUAUGGGUGGCCAGCGUCCGCGCCUGCCCCCCAUGGACGGGGCGCGGGGCCGCCUGACCCCGCGUUCGCGGGCGCGCACAUGUCCAUCCCGCCGGGGGUCUCUCGCGAGGGGCGUGGGACUCCAGAUCCGCGGGCGACCCCGGCGCACCGCGGUGGAGUGCACUGGCUGGGUCACGCUUUGCAGCCAGAGCUCGCGCAAGGCGCGCCGAAUCUGUUGAACGCCCCCAGCCACGAAGGCAGCGGACUCGGCGUCGUUCAGACGGAGGGCCCCGCCGCCGCAGAGCCGAAAGCCAAGAGCCGGAAGAAGAAGCAAGAGAAUGACAACAAGCCCGGUGGUGGUGCCACCGCGGAUGGAAGCGUCAAGAGCUGUGACGGCGCCGGGAUGGUCAGGGGCUCGCCGUCUGUCGAGCGUCAGGCGCAAGUUGGCGAGAACGCGGCACCGGGUUCUGAGGCGGCGCCCCGCCCGAGGAGCCGGGCGCCCAAAAGUAGGAAGAAGCAGGCAGAGCCCACAGUGGCGGCCAACGAAGUGCCGCAAGUCGCCCUCGAGCGAGACCCACGAAUGUAUGGGGGCGACGAGCAGAGCCUGGAGAGAGCCACGCUUCAGCAGCUCGCGCAGCCUCCGGCGGGGUCUAGCGCCCUCUUGACCCCGCAGAGCGGCCAGUAUUACUCGGGGGUCUCUUUGAACAGUGGCCAAGGCGGCCGACCCGAAAGCAACCUUGCUCCGAGAGACCGUGCGUGGGACGCGCGGGCGUUCACGGGUUUCCAGAACAGUAUCGAGUCGUAUUCGCCUGUCAAAGCAACAGGUGCCGCCAACUUCAUUUCCCACACCCCACAGUCAGGAAGCCAGAACUACGCAUGGGUAUGGACAGGGACGCAGUCGGCGACCGCUUCUCCGCUCCAGCCCCAGCAGAGCGCGUUCCACACCGUUCCUCACCAGACGCCUCCUCCUGUAUCUGUAUCUGCCUUCGGGCCGCCAGCGGCUCAAUCCGCGACUCCCCCUAUGAGCGCCGUCCGGGAGGACAGCCAAGGUCAAUUCGAGGGGACGGUGGCCUUCCAUGGUCGACAGAGCUCGGCGGAGUCAAGCGGCAGCGCCGAGAAUGUGUAUCAAGUUCAGGGGGCUUCUGUUGCUUCGCACGCGCCAGCCGCGAUGGGCGCGAGUCCGCAGCGGCAGCUUGCGCAGUACGCGUGUCCGGUAGGCGUUCCAGGCGCGGGAAGGCCGGAGGCGGUUUCUCGCGACGAAGGGCGACGCCACUACUACCAGGGAAUGCCGAUGGGGGCGCCGGCCGUCAGCCACGGAGUGCCGCCGUUUCACUCUACGCAAAACGUGUACUGCAAAGCCGCCGAAGCUGGCGGGCUCGAGCCUCCACUUUUCGCGAAGCAGCCAGAGGGCGCCCCUGCUCCGCAGGGGCCGCGUGCAGCGGAGCAAGCUCCGCUCAAUGCAGUCAUUUCGCCCUACUCGCCGAACGCUGUGGCAGCGGGAAACGUUUACCCAGCCGGAUGUCUGGGGCGCUUCGUUGACGGCGCAGCCGAGCCUUUACGCGCGCGGCCGCCGUGA